AUGAAGUCCGCUCUUUUCACUGCACUUUCCCUCGCCGCCUCGGUCACAGCGCAGACUGUCAUCACUCGUGAUGUGGCUAUCAUCGGCGGCGGGUCCGCUGGCACGUACACUGCCACCCGUCUCCGGCAGAUGGGAUUCAGCGUUGCUUUGAUUGAGAAGGAGAAGGAACUUGGAGGCCACGCCGAUACCUACAGAAGCCCGAAGAAUCAGAGUCAAUUCGUCGAUUAUGGCGCGCAGAUCUUCACCAACGAAACUGUUGUCCACGACUACUUCGGGCACUACAACAUCCCACUCGUCACCAUCCAGGCAGCCGCCAGCUUCGGAUCCAUCGACUACACCGAUUUCCGCGACGGCUCGGCGUUGAAUGCAUCCAUCCUCUCCACUGAUCUCGUCGGCGCAUUCACUCGAUAUGUCCAGAUUCUCAACCAGUACGCCUACAUCGUCGGAGAAUGGAACCUCCCCAAUCCCGUUCCGGAAGACCUCCUCCUUCCAUGGGGCGAGUUCGUCCUCAAGCACAACCUCACCGGCAUGGCCACGACCGCCUACCAAUUUAACCAAGGCCAGGGCAACAUCCUCGCACGACUCGCCUUCUACGUGAUACGCCAGCUAAGCCUGUCUCAAAUCCAAGGAAUCGCCAGCGGCUUCAAUGUCAACCCACUCGGUAUGCAAACGCUCUACGACCGCGCCCAAGCCGAACUCGGAUCUUCCGCCUUCGUCAACGCCACCGUGACAGACGUCACCCGCUCCGACGACGGCGUACAAGUCUGCUUCGACUCGACCGAAGGGCACAUCACCGUCAACGCCAAGAAACUCGUCAUCGCCAUCCCACCCAAACGCUCCAACCUCGAUUUCCUCGACCUCUCCGACGACGAGUCCCUCCUCUUCGGGCAACUCAACAACACCUACUACUGGAAUGCUCUCGUCAGCAACACCAACCUCACCGACAACGCGCUCUACUUCAACCUCAACCCCGACGCUCCGCAAAACAUACCCGCCAUGCCCGCCUUAUAUCAGACCGGCCCAACCGCCGUGGACGACGUGCGGGCAGCCUACUACGGUUCAGUAGAGUACAUGACUGACGAGGCGGUGCAAGCCGACAUCAUCGCGACCAUUCAGCGUAUUCAGGCCGGUCGUGGUAUCCAGACGUCGUCUCCGCCGGUGAUUUUGCAGAUUAACAAUCACUCGCCGUCCACGCUGUCAGUUACGCCGCAGGCCAUCCGGGAUGGGUUUUACGACAAGUUGAAGAAGCUGCAGGGACAGCACAACACUUUCUUCACGGGCGCGAUGUGGGCGAAUGAUGCUAGUGGCGAGAUUUGGGAUUUCACUGAGAAGAAGAUCUUGCCCAGGAUCAAGGCGGCGUUGUCGGCAUGA